GUAGCUAAUCAGACGGCCACGACCUCGAAUUUGGUCGCGAGGAGGAGCACUGAUGAUAUUAUCGAGUCAUUAACUGGAAAUGCCGGACAAGACAAAGAGGAUGUAACAGAAAACGAUUUGAAACAUUUUCUGCUACUCCUAGAUGGAAAAGAAGAGGGGGUGGGAUGGCAAUGCAUGAUGGAACGCUCUACUUCAAAUAUGACAUACCAAGCUUGGCGCCAUGAGUCUGAGAUAGACCCACCUGGGUUGCUUCUCCAGAGCAGAACUGUUUUUGAGGAUGCUACUCCGGAGCUUGUCAGAGAUUUCUUCUGGGAUGAUGAGUUUAGGCCUAAAUGGGAUCCCAUGCUUGCAUAUUUCAAGAUAUUGCACGAAUGUCCUGAAAAUGGGUUCAUGAUAGUUCACUGGAUUAAAAAGUUUCCAUUUUUCUGCAGUGAUCGUGAGUAUAUCAUUGGUAAGCGAAUAUGGGAAUCCGGAAGAGCGUAUUAUUGUGUGACAAAGAGUGUUCCAUAUCCAGAUGUGCCAAAAAGAGACAAACCCAGGCGUGUGGAUGUGUACUUUUCAAGUUGGGUUAUCAGGCCUGUGGAAUCUCAAAAGGGAGACGGGCAACUAUCUGCCUGUGAAGUCACACUCACCCAUUACGAAGACAUGGGUAUUCCAAAGGAUGUAGCGAGGCUCGGCGUCCGCCAUGGCAUGUGGGGAACCGUUAAGAAGCUUCACGCCGGGUUCAGAGCGUAUCAAAACAUGAGGAAAUCCGAAGUGCCGAUAUCUAGGUGUGCCAUGUUGGCGCAGAUCAGUACGAAGAUGUCGAGGGAGGAUUACAGUCACCGAGAGCAUCAAGUAGCAUCCAGUAGGGAGGAACAAAGAAGAGGUGGUGAGCUUUCAUGUGCAGGAGAGAGGAGAAAUGGUCAGGGCGUUGACUGGAAAUGGGUGGUCAUAGGGGGAACAGUUGCCCUGGUCAGCCUCCACAUGGGGUUAUUCGGCAAAGCUGUGUUACUUGGGGCGGGGCAGAGGGUUGGUCGUCAGAGACGGUGAUAUCCUCAGCUGAGUUGCUUUCUGUUUGCAGCUCGGGAUGCCUUCGAUUUUAGGGAUUUUGUUUUACCGAUUGUUGUGAUGAAUAUAUAAAAACAUGUUUAUUAAUAUUAUGAAUAGAUUGACUUCUAAAGUAUAAAAACAUGUUUAUUAAUAUUAUGUUCUUAAAACUGGACCGGAAGGUUACCUGGACAAGUGACCGGGUCAAGGGUCAACAUGGACCCGAAGUCUACGGUAAACUGCUGGGAUACCCGAAGAGUAUACGGUUUGAUUGGUUCGGUUUGUUUCGGUUCAGUUUCGAUUCUUUCGGGUUUUUACUAAAAACUUGUCAUUUGAUUUAAAAUUGAUAUAAUAGUUGGAGGGAUCAAACAUUUUACGUAAAAAAUGCAAGCAUACUAGAAUAAAUGAAGUAAAAAUAAAUAAAUACAGUAUGUCUUGAAUUAUAUGAGUAUGGAGAGAUAUAAGUGUAUACUGUAUAUUCUUAAUUUACAUUGUUUGUGACUAGUUUGAAAAAAGUUUAUGAAUACAUACAUCUUAUGUGAUAUAGCUGAGAUGAAUAUUUAUUUGUUUUAUCGAUAUAAAAAAUGUACGUUACAUAAAAAUAAAAUUUAAUUACAGAAAUUGUCCUAAAUAAGACUAAUUAGUUCCUAAAAAGCACAAAUAGGACUACUACUUUUUAAAUUCCCUAAAUAGGACUAAACAUUGAUUUUCUACCCUAAAUACCCCUAAGAGUAUUAAUUUAUAAAGAAAUGCUUUAAUUCAUAAUAAAAUCAUAAAAAACGUAAAAAAUAUUUAAAAAACGUAAAAAAAAUUAUAAAAAAUUUAUAAACCAUUUAUAAAAUAAAAAAUUUAAUUUUUUAUUUUUUUAAUUUUUUAAAAAAAAUAAUAAAAAAUAGUAAAAAUCCAUAAAAAAUGAAAAAAAUUAUGGAUACCUUUCCCACCGCCUCCCGCCGCCUCCCAG